AUGUCCGUCUCCAGGGAUGGGCAGUCCACGCCCACGGAGAAGCCCAUGAACCACGAAUUGGAAAAGGUUGAGGUCGAGCAGAUGGAAAAGGUACUCGGUGAUGGUGACCUCCUCAGUGAGGCUGCCAUGGCCGAGAACAAGGAGCACGAGAUGGGGGUGUGGGAGGCCGCGAAGAAGCACCCCUGGGCAUGUCUGUGGGCAUUUACCAUGUGUUUUACAAUUGUCAUGGAAUCUUUUGACAUGUUCCUCAACGGCAACUUUGUCGCGCAAAGUGCGUUUCAAAAGCGAUACGGUGUUCCAGUCGGCGACGGUUAUGCCAUUCCCACUCGGUGGCAGAGUGCUCUCUUCCAGUCUGGCCAAUGCGGUGCCUUUGUGGGUGUCUUCGCCGCGGGCCCCAUCACCAACUGGCUUGGAUACCGUUGGACUACCAUCUUGGCCUUGAUCAUGAUGAAUGCCACCAUCUUUGUCUCUUUCUUCGCCGACUCCCUUGCUCUCCUGGUGGUUGGUCAAGCCCUCGAAGGUGUGCCAUGGGGCUUCUUCAUUGCCAACGCCCCCGCCUAUGCCAGCGAAGUCGUUCCUCUCGCACUCCGCGGCGCCUGCACUGCCACCUUACAACUGUCGUGGUCCAUUGGAUCAAUCAUCGUGGCAGCGGCCACCUAUAGUUACAACAAGCGAACGGAUGAAUGGGCCUGGCGGGCACCUCUCGCUCUGCAGUGGCUUUUCCCCACUCCUCUCAUGAUUCUGCUCUUCCUGGCUCCCGAAUCUCCAUGGUGGCUCAUUCGCCGAGGCCGCAAGGCAGAGGCCCUGCGUAGUAUCGAGCGUCUGGGUGAUGGAUCUGCCGAGUCGGCCCAGCAGUCCUUGGCCAUGAUGGAGCGCACAGUCCAGAUCGAGUCUCAGAUGGGUGGAUCCCCCACUCUUCUUGAUCUGUUUAAGGGCACUGAUCUGCGUCGGACAACGAUCACCUGUUUGGUGUAUGCGUCGCAGAACUUUGCUGGUAAUCUGAUUGCCAAUCAGGCAACAUUCUUCUUUGAGCAGGCUGGAAUCUCCCACGACAUGUCCUUCCAACUCAAUCUCGUCAACUCCUGUCUCCAAUUGAUCGCCAACGUUUUCUCCUGGUUCCUAACCCCCUACUUUGGCCGCCGAGCCAUCUACCUCUGGGGCACUAUCACAAAUAUCACCCUCCUCUUCAUCCUCGGUAUCGUCGCCUCCGUGCCCCAAUCCGCCGCCACCAACUACGUCCAGGCCAUCCUGGGAAUACUCAUCUCCUUCGUCUUUGCCGGCUCGCUAGGCCCAAUCUCAUACACCAUCAUCUCCGAGACCAGUUCCGUGCGCCUGCGCGCACUGAGCACCGGCGUGGGUCGCGCAGCGUACUACGUGGCGGAGAUCCCGAUGAUCUACCUUGCCUCGCAGAUGUUGAAUGCCACCGGAUGGGACCUGGCCGGCAAGUGCGGGUAUGUCUUGGGUGGUACUGCCUGCGUAUGCUGGGUGAUGGCGUACUUCUUCUUGCCCGAGUUGAAAGACCGGUCUUAUCGGGAAUUGGACAUCUUGUUCAAUCGCAAGACGCCGGCGAGGAAGUUCAAGGAUACCGUUAUUGAUGUGCGGGAGAAUCACUAG